GCACCGGGUCCAUGGAGUGAGCCCGCGCCGGGCCCCCUGCACCGCGGCGGCUGCCACCAUGAGCGACUUCUGGCACAAGCUGGGCUGCUGCGUCCUGGAGAAGCCCCAGCCGAAGAAGAGGAGGAGGCGAAUCGAGCGCUCCAUGAUCGGGGAGCCCAUGAACUUCGUGCACCUGACGCACAUCGGCUCCGGAGACAUGGCUGCGGGUGAAGGCCUGCCCAUGACCGGUGCUGUGCAGGAGAUGAGGUCCAAGGGUGGAUGGGAGCGGCAGUGGAGCGGCUCCCGGGUCUUGUAGCAUGUGAGUACCGG